CAGCAGCAACAACACCUGCAACAACAGCUGCAACAACACCUGCAACAACAGCAGCAGCAACAACACCUGCAACAACACCUGCAACAGCAGCAA